AUGGACCACGUUAAGAAUUUUUACAAUACUAUACUUAAGUCCUCACAUCCGUUGCUUCUUACCCUACAUUUGUCAGGUAAAGUAGUACCUAUAGUUUUCUAUUUAUUAGGGUCUAUAUUUACAGGUUUCACAGCACAAUUUAUCAGCGUAGUGUUACUAUUAGCAUUCGAUUUUUAUUUUAGUAAAAAUGUAAGCGGUAGGAAAUUGGUGCAAUUACGAUGGUGGUAUGAUUCCUCUAUUUCAAGGACUUCAACUUUAAAAUUUGAAUCCCAUAAAGAAUACACAGAUGGUCCACCAAUCAAUCCAAUCGAUUCUAAGUUGUUUUGGUGGUCCAUGUAUUUAACUCCUGCCAUUUGGGUUGUCUUCGGAAUAAUGUGUCUUUUGAGAUUGAAGAUUUUCUAUUUAUUACUAGUGUGUGUGGCCAUUUGCUUAACGGGCUGGAACACAUAUGGUUACCGUUGCUGUGAUAAAUGGGAACCUGGGAGCAAUGGGAAUGAGCAAAACAACACUUGGUUCCAAUUACCAAGUAUUCCAGGAUUAGACAAUCUACAAAGAAUUGCAAGAGUACAGAAUUUCUUCAACUCAGCAACCGGUGGAAAUGCAUAA